AUGUCGCUCGAGACCUCAUCGCCCUCGCACCCCGUCAACCCCUUCCCGCUCCUCAGGCUCCCGCAUGAGCUGCUCGACGCGAUCUCUGACUACGCCUACGAAGAUCAAUUCCGUCCCAAGCCGAUCUGUCGAGCUUUGCGCGUUUUCGCGGAGAAGCGGUUCUUCCGCGACGUGCGCCUCAACACGUAUGAAGCGCUCGGCUCUUUCGCGGCGACGGUCAAUAGCGGAGCGCACCUGCGCUGCAUGGUCCAGACGGUCUCGCGAACGGCACUUGCGGACAGCGAGCGGUUCGUCUCUCGGAUCGAAUGGACGACGGUACUGCAUCGACUCCCGAACAUCUACGCCCUGGACUUGUCCAAUGUCGAUCCCGCCCUUCUCGAAGUUCUCGUCGAUGGUGGACUCGAAUCUCCAGCUUUGCGGAAACUGCGCAAGUUAGUACUGCGGUACAACGAACCGCCUGUCCUGAACAAACCGUGGUGGCCUGGCCAGCUUGCGCGGUACACUGCGCUGGACGACAUCGAGCUCAUCUGGUUUCAGGCCUUUCCGGCAGAAAUCGCGACACCUUCGCGCAUGCCGCUGCCGAGGAUCACUACUCUCAGCCUCUCAAUUGCUGAAUUUGAUCUGUGGCCAGCCCAGAACUUCGCCGCGCUCUUCCCGAACCUUCAGCGGCUCACGCUGGCGGACACGGGUCCUCGCGGCUUCGGCUCGAUACUGGCGACAAUGCCGAGCAGAAUUUGCUUCCUUGCCUUCUACGCCAGUUCCAUCUACCCACCUGAACCCGAUCCCGUAUUCCCUAUCGACGAGUACCUCGGAAGGUUCGACCAGCUCGAAGAGCUUCACCUCUGCCAAGACUCGUUCGUUGCUGCUGGACUCGCCACCAGUUUACGCACUUUCGUAAACCUGCGCGUCCUUUCGUUUGACCUAUGGUCUCCGGUUACGGACGACUUCCUCCUCUCCCUCGUCGAUGGUCCAACGCGCCUACACCAGCUUAGGCGUCUCGUCCUCAACUAUGUCUUAUGCGAGCGCGGGACAACGAUCACGAGUGAUUACACAUCGCCACUUAAAGCGGGAGACCUGGACGAUCUCGUUCACGACGACUGGUGCGCUCCGCAAUGGCCCGAGGAUUGCUCUGAGGCGGGACUCGUCGCCGUCGUCGACGCAGCCGAAGCAGCCGGCGUCGAGGUCGUUGGCACCGCGCUCGAUGCGAUUGGCUACGAGGAGGACUGGAACCGCCAAAUGGGCAAGACCUUGCUGGUCUGGGGAAGGCAGGAAGCCGACUUCGACGAGGCGAGGGAAUUCUUCGGCGACGAGUUUGACUGGGAGGGACGCGAGUUUUUCGGCGAUUACGAGUGGAAUCGGCUGUUGGAGGAGGAGCGGCGCAGGAUGUAG